AUGCCGCUGACUAAAUUCCACGUGGAGUUGACAGGCCGUAUUCUACGCGGCUAUACUGUCAAUACACCGCCAGAGAAUAACUCGAAACUUCUACCGCAAAACAUUAGUACUCGAGCGCCGACUAGUGAAGCAAGUGGAAACUGUAAGAUUGGGAAAGCGAUAAAUAAUGAACACUCGAGUACCAAUAGCCAUCUCGACGUACGAGUUGAUAGAGUUGAAAAAGGCCCUGAAAUGGUGAAUCAAAAAACUUGGCAAUCAAAUAUUAGAUAUGUGCACGCCGUGGGAGCAAGACCAAUUUCUUUUGUCAGACCAAUCAUGCAAUUUGGUUAUGAAGUUGAAUUGCUCUCGAAGAAGACUUCAACAUGUUUACUCCAAAAUAUUCGCACACUGGCGCAUCCAUGUAAGCCGAUUCGUUGUGGUGGCAGUUCUAAUGAAGGUAGUGGUCGUAGUAGCGGUGGCAAGGCCCUGACCAUGGACAACAUAAAUCCUAAUAUAGUAGCCCUGCAAUACGCUGUUCGUGGUCCGCUGGUAAUUCGAGCUGCCGAGAUUGAACAGGAACUUUUAAAGGGAGCUCAAAAACCCUUUAAAACAGUGAUCAGAGCAAAUAUCGGAGAUGCACACGCUAUGGGACAGAAGCCUGUUACAUUUAUCAGACAAGUGUUGGCCUGCAUGGUAAGCCCGUCACUCAUCCAAUGCAGUAAUUUCCCUGAGGAUGUUAAGGCGAGAGCAUCAGACCUUUUGCAGAACUGUGGUGGCAAGUCCGCGGGUGCAUAUACCGCGUCUUAUGGGAUUGACUUAAUUCGCAAAAACAUUGCCGCUUACAUCGCGAAACGCGAUGGUUACCCCUCUAAAUGGGAGAACAUAUGUCUCUGCGGUGGCGCCUCCAGCGGCAUUAGAAGUGUUAUGCAGCUAUUCAGCAAUUCAGAGAAGACUGGUGUUAUGAUCCCGAUCCCGCAGUACCCGCUGUACUCGGCGACGAUCGCGGAGUACGGCCUGGAGGCUGUCCGAUACUACUUAAAUGAGCAGCAUACCUGGGCUCUAGAGCUGAAUGAACUUCAGCGCAGCUACGAUGAAGGCUCUUCCAAUUGUAAAGUACGCGCUAUCGUCGUUAUCAACCCAGGGAACCCCACCGGCCAGGUUCUGUCGCUGGACAACAUCGAGACUAUUGUGAAGUUUGCUCACGAGAAAGGUCUCUUCAUAUUGGCAGAUGAGGUGUACCAACAUAAUGUCUACGCUAAAGGCAGCCAGUUUCAUUCGUUUAAGAAAGUGAUAAAUGAUUUGGGGGACCCCUACAAUAAACUAGAAAUGGCCUCCUUCAUGUCUGCUUCGAAGUGUUACAUGGGCGAGUGUGGCAUCAGAGGAGGUUGGAUGGAGUUGACUAACAUGGACCCUGGGGUACAGGCAAACUUGUAUAAGGCCUUAUCUGCGAGGCUCUGUCCCAGCUCUUUGGGCCAGGUCGUCAUGGACUGUGUUGUUCGCCAUCCCGUUUCCGGGGAUCCGUCAUAUGAGCUUUUCGAGAAGGAGAGAUUGCACAUUCUCGAAUCUUUGGCGCAGCGAGCUAAAAUGGUCUACGAGACCUUCAAUAAGAUGGAAGGAUUCACGUGCAACAUCGUACAGGGCGCUAUGUACGCCUUCCCGCAGAUCAAGUUACCCCCGAAGGCGAUAGAGGCUGCGGAGCAGAAAAAACAGAAGCCUGAUGUGUACUACGCUUUUCGCCUCCUCGAGGAGACCGGUAUUUGCAUAAUCCCCGGGACAGGGUUUGGCCAAAAGCCAGGGACGUGGCACUUCAGGACGACGAUUCUCCCUCAGCCCGAUCUGCUCAAGCUGAUGCUGGACACAUUUCAGAGUUUCCACAUCAAAUUCACCAAAGAAUAUUCGUAG